AUGGAGACGACCGAAAAUGAUUCCUCAACCAUACAUGAUAACAUGUUCUUUUCCACGGCCAGUGUGAGGCCAUGCCCAUCGUCCCCGGAGAGACCAUAUCCAACGCACAACUCUCAACCGGAGCUUGCAGCAAGGGGCAUGUGGACUGAAUCGUCACUCUACUCGCAACCUAGAGCUCCUGCCAGCACCCCUCCAAUGGCAACAACAUAUCAAAUGGAGAUCUGGAACCUUCCUAAUCACGAGCUACGACGAGACAAUAACAGCUUCGCUCCUCUCCCGCCAGAAGUUCGAUCGGAAGAAACUUUGUACAAUCCAGUCAGCUCGAGCCACUACGUCAGUCAGCCAUCUGCUAGUCUAUGGACUUUUGACGCCAAUGUAUAUACGCAAGCAGGAAACUUCAGUCGUCGACCAAGCCAUCAUAGCGAUCCAGGAUUUUCGACAUUCCCUCAAGACGUUCCAAUUCACUCAACCUUCACCGAUGUCUGGUCAGGCACGGGAUCAGAGAUCGCUCAAACUCCAAGACCAGGGCUACAUGACAGAACGCAUACAAUCUCUUACUCCGCAGAGCCUUCUCCUCCUGCUGGCACAAGUCCAAAUGCACAGAUUGUAAGACCCGUACUUAGAUGCUACGACCACGGAUGUGAUGGCAGGAGGUUUUCUUCGAUCAGCAAUCUCAGACGUCACCAACGCGAACGCAGUGGUCGAAGCCCCGUGUGCUUCUGUCCUCGAUGCGGUGCCCCUUUCUACCGACGCUGGACUAGAGAUCAUCAUGUCGAACGAGGGAGCUGCUUAAGGAUACCUCGUUGGGGUGGUUGGUCUUGGAACUAG